AUGGGGUGUAUAAACUCGAGAAAAAGAGGGGGAAGAUGCAGCCCUUUGCUGGCGACGAAUAGCGCAUGCAUCACCACCUCCUUCUCUCAUCUGCAGCAGCAGAAGGAGCGUAGCCUUUCACGCGCCGCCGCCGCCGCCGCAGCAGCAGCAGCAGCAGCAGCAGCAGCAGCUGGCGAUGCUGCUGCUGCUCCACCAACAACAGCCAAAGCUGCUGGCUCCUCACCCCCCAGCGGCACAUGCACAGAAACUCAGCAGGGGCCCCUCGAGUCGCUGGGAUCGCCGCCGGAGACGAUCCCGUCAUUCAUGAGUCCUUUGUCUGCAGCAGAGGGUGGAGCUGCUGCUGCUUCACCUGCUGCAGAUGCUGCAGCAGCAAUUGCUGCAGCAGCAGCAGCAGCUGCUGCUGCUGCUGCAGAAAGAAUAGAAGGAGAAACACAACUAACAGGAUGGCCAGAAGAGGCAGCAGAAGGAGACAGCGAAAAAGAUAAAAGUGCUGAUGAGCAGCAGACUGAGAUGCAGCUCUGUCUGCAGCAGCAACAGCCGCAUCCAGGUGUAUGUACACCUCACACCCAGCAAGAUCAUUCUCUCGCAGAAGACCAGCAGCAGCUGCAGCAGCAGCAGCAGCAGCAGCAGCAGCAGCAAAAGCACCAUUCUCUCGCAGAAGACCAGCAGCAGCUGCAGCAGCAGCAGCAGCAGCAGCAGCAGCAGCAAAAGCAGCAGCAGCGGCUGAGACAAACUGACAUUAUAGUCCCCCUGCGCAGCAACGACUUCUAUUCCUAUCGCCAAGCGAGCCGCACGUCUUCACCCUGCAGCAGCAAGCAGCAGCAGCAGCAGCAGCAGAGGUUCCAGCAGCAGCAGCAGCAGCAGCAGCAGCAGCAACGAGACAAAAGAGGCCUUUCGGUUGAGACCCUCGCCUGUGUACGCAGGGGCUUCGAUGCAUGCGUCCUCAAGGAUACAAAUGCUGCAGAACAAGAGCUGCAGUGA